AGCUCCCGCUACGGGUUGGGACGGCAGAGGCGGGCUGACUGCGCGCUGCUGCCCUAGUGCCCGCGGCGGCGGCGCGCAGCCUCGGCGGGCCCGAGCCAGACGGCGCUCGGAGUGCGACCAGCGGCCGGGGCCCCUCCUCCCGCGGCCCGAGCGUCAGGCGCUCUCAGUGGCACCGCUGCCAUCGGAACUGACGAGUGCGUGGUCGCCGACGCCUCCGGAUCGCGGCUUCGUCGGGAUCGCCUCCUCCGAACAGUCCUGCCACGAUCGAAACGGACCCCCGAACAUGACGGCACCUUGCUGCUCUCUUCGCCCAGACUAGCUGAGUUUCUAGAAGUCGGCGAUCGUGACGUGACAGUGAAACCAAGGUACGAGACAAACCACUGAGUCGGGGCCAAUAUUGAGGGCAAAGACCUGCAAUUACUUCAAGAAAACCAGUCUCGUCGGUUGUUCUCUGCCAACCCUUCCUGAAACCGGCCUUUCCAAGCUUCUUGCACACGAGGGCACGAUACCAGGACACCUCCUGAAGACAAGGCCAGGUUCAUCGCAAUUGCUGGUGCCGGUGGAGCCGCCUUGCAGGCACCAUUGCCACGUGUGAGACCUGCCUAUUCCAAGCGUACUCGCUCGUUUCCGAACGUUUAAGGAGCGCAUCGCAUUGGGCGUUAAGGACAGACUGACGGACAGAUUUCCUGGGAAGUUCCUGUGGCCACGAGUUCCAGUCCGUUGGUUCCGAAGAGCACAGCUAAAGCACUCAUGGCCGAGGUUCUCAACGUGAGCAGCAUGCUGCAGAUAGCGGACAGCCUGUACCUGGACGAGGAGAACCUGUCCCUGACAGAGACUAACCUGAGUGGCCCCUUCGCUGGCUUCGACGUGUUCGAGGAGGAGGAGCUCCCUUACCACGGCGCCGAGCUUGGCCGCUUCCACGCGUGGUACACGAGCCAUCUGCACGGCUACCUGAGCAUGACUGUGUGCGUGUUCGGCAUCCUCGCCAAUGUACUUAACAUCAUCGUGCUCACGCAACGCAACAUGGUAUCGCCAACGAACGGCAUCUUGACGGGGCUCGCCGUGGCCGACAUGCUGGUGAUCGCCACUUACUUGCCGUACACCAUCACGACGCACGUGAUGCCGCCUGCGCGCACGCAGAGCUUCGGCACGGCAGUCUUCAUUCUUGUGCACGCACAUGUGAGCGUCGUCUUCCACACAGUGUCUACGUGGUUGACCGUGACGUUGGCCGUGUGGCGUUUCCUGGCCGUCAGCUUCCCGGCCUCUAGCAAGGAGUGGUGCAGUAUGCAGCGUGCCCGCUGGGCUAUCGUCAGCGUGUACGUGUCGUGCGCGCUUUGCUGCUUGCCGGUGUACCUUUCAUUCACGGUGCACCAGGCGGGCACGCCCCAGGAACCCUCGUACAAGGUCGACUUCAGCAACAUCACACGCGCCAACGGCGCCUUUUUGCAAAAUCUAAACUUCUGGACCUACUCGGUCCUGAUGAAGCUUGUGCCGUGCGUGGCCCUAACAGGCCUCAGCCUCGGGCUGCUGCGCGUGCUGUACGAAGCCAAGGCGCGGAAGCGACGCCUGCGGCGAGGGGCCAGUGGACACAGCGGCCAUGGAGGUAGCAGCGAAGAGGCCCGAGACCGCACCACACGCAUGCUGCUCGCCGUCCUGCUGCUCUUCCUGGUCACCGAAUUCCCGUCCGGCAUAGCUGCCCUUCUGAGCGGCAUCCUCGGCGACGACUUCUUCCUGCACGUCUACAUGAACUUCGGCGAGGUUAUGGAUAUCUUGGCGCUGGUAAACAGUGCCGUCAACUUCAUUCUAUACUGCUCCAUGAGUAGGCAGUUCCGCAAGGCUUUCGCCGCUCUCUUCACGCCUCGCAUCAUGGCCAAGUGGUUCCCCCUGACGUCCGAACCACCGAACAGUACCUACGCCACCACUUGUGUCUAGACCAGGCUGUACGCGCACGCUGGCACAGCGGUUGCUGGAGCUCCAUGAGAGUGCGAGUGAACAAAUACUGCUUCAUCAGCGUGGUGUCUCGUUUUGGUUACGUGUUCUGGUAUAACAUGCUGAUCUCAUCGUUCAUCUUACGUCUUAAGUUAACCUCUGGCUCAUUUUUGCCUGCUCUUCCACCACAUUGUUCAUUUUAUCAUCAGCGUACGUCACAAGGUACUGAGACGACAGACUGUCCGGAGUGCAUAUUUAGCUGAGACUGUUGUUUAUGAGAGGCCAUGUCUGAGCUGGGCAGCAGAACAGGGAAAACUUUGCGAAGAUAGAGGCAGGAGUCCACGUUGGCUUUGAAGAAUUGCACUGAACAGGCUUCACUCCAGCUGCUUCUUGUUCUCCAUACCAAUGCUGCAGCUGAAAGCCUAAUUAAAGAUUAUACUGUGCAAGUAAAAUGAAGUGCCAAGGAGUAAAUCACGUAUGCCUUAUGAGCGUACUCCGUGAUGGACUGUAUUAUAGAAUAUAUAGUCGUAGUAUAUAUAUUAUCUUACUCAUCCAGCACGAUACAGGAAGGCAGUGGCCACUUGUGCCCACAGCAAAACUGCCAGAAGAAAAGAAAAGGAACAGGGGAAUUCAAGGCGAAUUUGCUGCGCGGGGAAGCAAACAACGUGUUUUAGUGUACAAUGAAAACGCAGAACAAUACUCUUGGCUGAGGCAUAAUUCUAGGUUGCGUAACCUUGGGCUGCAGUUUCAUUAAAAAAGCAGUGACAAGCGCCUAGUUGAACUCCAGUUAGCAAAGGGAACUAAUUCGCCCGCUCUCCCUCGAAGUCCAGUGUGUAUCCAUUUUUCUUAGCUUUGUUUUGUGUCCACAUAUUUGAAAUGUAUGAAAGGAGCAAACGGAGAUUAGAAAUAUUGUUUCGGACACAUUGUUGGCUCAGACCUUUGCGGCUUUCGGAAUAUUACCGCAUCUGACGGCGGGGUUAAUGUGACGCCCUCCACAGUUCGUGAAAGACGUCACUGAGGGCAGUGUGAGUUGUGUAUACGUUCUUCCCUAGUGUUGUUCCCGAACUGUUAUUCAAGAGACGAUCGAGGAGGCAUAGACGAUGCCCCUGAAGUUUGUUCAAGAUAACAUUUAUUUUGAUUGCUUCGUGUGCGGUCAUCCUGACCAUAGUAGCUUGCGCAUGUCUGAGCACCUACAGCCUCAAUGCACCGAGGUAUCCGGCUCGGCGAAGAGAGCUGUACGUGCCACUAGAUCACUGUGGUAGCUUACUCAAUACCUUGUAGUUAGAAGGGCCUUCAACGGCUUUUAUUCGCGGAGAGCAGAAAAUAGGCGGGUGCUUACCGUGCGCUCCGAGAUCAUUCCUUUCACUAUCGGUCAUUCGGCAACGCCAAAUGGUGCACGAGCACUCUUGUUGUGGCCGGAACGGUGCACAGGGGUCCUCAUACCAUGAUGGACAUUAGGCUGCUAACUACGAAUUCUGCCGCUACACAAAAUCAAUUUUCAAAAUAGCACACCUGCAUACAUGCCUUGCGGCUUUCUCAGUCGUGAAUGCUAAGCCGUAUUUAUACCAUAUACUCGUAUAUCACAGUUACGAGGUACGUCUUUUGCAUGAUGAAACACACUCUUUCUAUUGGUAUUACUGCUGUGAGCUAUGGGCUUCCAAAAGGCGCAGAGAGAUUGCACUUUGACUAGUUAAUGGGUAGAGCUGUUCAAAUGCACAAGCACAAAUUGAAGUUAUAAUUCGUGUCCAAUCGGGCACCUGGCCGUACCUCUUAUUUGUGAUGUGUGAACAUUUUUCCCCCUUUUCUAGGAGAAGAUGUCCUGUUUAAGAAACAAACUGCACGCCCCGUAACACGUAAAAACGCGCACAAAUGCAUUAAGUGGUGCAGUCUUCCGAUUUCAGCAGCGCUUCUGUAGAACCUAAGCGGAACGCUGUAUUGUUUAGUGCAGCAGCGUUAAGAUAAAACAGGGGGAUACCUAAGCACACCCGCAAGUAAUUCAAAUGCGAUUUUCCAGUUAGCCCCUGCUUAUAAGUGCUAACGUGCAUGUAUGUUCCGGUGUUCACCUGUUACGUCUUCACAUUGGAGACGUAGAAACUAUAAUGAAUCGUAUUUUGAGUGUGUGUGUGUGUGUGUGUGUGUGUGUGUGUGUGUGUGUGUGUGUGUGUGUGUGUGUGUGUGUGUGUGUGUGUGUGUGUGUGUGUGUGUGUGUGUGUGUGCGUGCGUGCGUGCGUGCGUGCGUGCGUGCGUGUGUGCGUGCGUGCAGUUAACAUUUUUUAACACAUCGCACUGAAGGCAAAAAUAAAUCAGCCAGUUAAAUUGGCGUUCCAUGCUCGCAAGUUCAGUGAGGAAGGCUGGCCCACUUUAAUAAUUCACAAAAAGAAAUCGACAACACAGCUGAUUUCCUCUACAAAGCAUAAAUGAGAAAUUUGCUGCAAUUGGCCGGCGCAAUUAAAUCCCGCGACAAAGCUGUAUGUAAGGAGCAUUGCUAUGACGGCGAGAAGGGCCUGAGCGUAGAACCUUGGGACCCUCUUCGCGGGGUGCUGUCCUGGGCGUGCAUGGCUGUUAAACAGGCCACCUUAAUCCGCCAUGUUGGCUCUUUGACAGGCUGUGAAAAAGAAACAUUCUUUUCUUAAUUUCAUGACAGGAAACUUCAACUGCAAAAUUAUUUUCUGCGCAUUUGUCAAAAGGAUAAAACGUGACGUAAAGCGGCAGAAUUUUUUUUCAAAGGAAGGAUCUCCGUGCUGCCUGGCAGCAACAACGCAUUGUAUGCGUUAAGAAAAGAAAGCGGAAGGUCGCAGUGGAAUCCACUGCGGUAGAUUUGCAUUUUCGCAUUUUUUUUUUAGAUUCUGACAUAGCCGCCAUGUCAGCAUUCCGAUUGGUUGAAGAAAUAUUACAUGAGUUAAGCGUCAUCUGUGAUGUGGCGUACGUUCCGUGAUCGCACGCUAAGCCGCAAUAUGCAAAUUUCCCACCCCGCCAUAAUUUGGGAUGCAACAUGCGUGGAGAGGCAAGUGUAGCGGCCCGUUAUUGCGGUGAAAUCCUAUGUAACAAGUCCUGACCUGUUUCCUUCUUUUCUUUCUCUUUUUGUUUUCAAGAUUAAUGCUCAAACUGUUCACAUCACUCACAGGACGUGUAGACAUUUCUGUUUUAGGCAGUCCCUUUUAUUAAGAGACGCCUUUACCCGAUGUACUAAUGGUUGAACGUUACAAACCAAUUGUGAUUUUUCACACUUUCGGUGGCUGUCUUUAUAUUUUAGUCAAUAUUAAUUACUUAGAUCGGAAGCUGCAACUAAGGCGGCCUUUUUCAUUACCGGAAGGAUAUGCGAAAGGCGGAGCCUAGGAAGUUUAACCGUGUCAUACGCCUAAGUAGCGAACUGAACGAAAGAGGAAAGCGAGGCAACAUGGGCCACGCAAGCCUUUGGAGCAAGCAUCGCAAGGUGCAAUUUGCCGGCUUUGCAGCAACUUGUGUUUAUUUCAUCCCAUGAGUCACGAUAGCGCUUGGGCAGAACGCGAGCGUUGCAGCUUUCGUUGAUCGCACACAGCGUCGCGAGCUGGCUGCGCCCGGUCGCGAGGGCUCAAGCUGUUCGUCAGAGCUACGCGUGCCCCCUCGUCUCGGAGGGCGACAGCUCACAUAAAGUAGGCGAUGAACAGUAUAAGCAUUUUCCAGGAACGAAUCUUAAACAUAGAGCAGUCGGCCCUUUUGGUUACUGAUCAGUGAAACUGUCCUGCUUUAUCGAGAGCUUAAAGAUCAGUACUUCAAUGGAAGUUUAUUAGGCAAAAUGCUAAGAAUACCUAACAUGAGCCAGUUGCAAUAGUGAAUCCAUGGUAAAUAAUCAGCACCAAAAGUGACAGUAACCACAAAGCCUCUGAAAAGAGACGUUUUCCCUGUUUUCCAACAAAUCCUUACUUGAAUCAUGCAUACAUUGUAUACAUUAAAUAUAUAGAAAGGUAAAAGCAUUCGACAACCAAAUAAAUGAAAAGCAACAAAACAAGAUAUGUGUCGGCACGUGUAGCAGGGAUAUGGCACACACAGUCACGCAUCGUUAUCCAGACAAAAGCCAGCUCCUUCUCGGAACCUUCCCUUGCUUUUGCCUAUUCAACGUAUGUGUGUAUGAUUGAAUUACAGCGCCAUUAUGUACGCGCCGCUCCUACGACACGUUUCGAUAAAAAAUGGUAGCGUGUCCAAAAUAGAGCCCCUGGUCUCGAAAUAGCUGCAGUGAACCACGGGCUCGCCAGUCAGCGAAAGCAGCUGUCAUCGUCUGUCCGUCUGCAGCCCUGUGCGCCGUUGCGGCCGAGCGGUCCGCGUAUAGGGAUAGCCUGUACCGCUUAGGGCGCCCGCUUAUUGCUUAUCAUCGUUGUUAUUGUGGUUGUUGUUGCUUGUCCAAAGCGUCGUGGACACUCGUGCGUUACUUGUUCGUCGUCACGAGCCCCCUCCUGCGAGGGGAGCGAAAGCGUUCGUUGUACCUGUCGCGGAAGCCGCGCCGAGCCCCCUACCCAUGGCUGGUCGCCGGCCGGCGCCGCACAAAAGACCGCGCUCGAAAGGGCGUCCCCCACACGAGGCCGCCUUCACCGCUGCACCCCCCCCCUACUCUUCCUAGUAUUUUCUGCUGCGUCGUACCGCGUCCAUCCAUCCCUAUCCUUCAUCGCAUGAGGCGCUGGGGGCCUCGAGCAAGCGACGCAGCGGGCGACACCGAUGCCGAAAAGGCUUGCUACUGCCGCUGACACACCAUGCGCGUGGCCGCCAAGCGUUCCCUCGAUUGGCGUGUUCAUGGACGGAAUACAGGGCAAAGCAAACACUGCGCUCCUUAUUCUUUGAUUUAGUGGCCUUGGUUCAAGUAGGCCAUGUCAUUACGACGGAAGGACAGCCCUCUUGACAUUUAUUCACUAUCUUUUUCUGGUGUCGGUAUUUGUUUUUGUUUCUUUUUCCCUGAAAAGCCAAAACCCAUGUUCAACUAAAUUCUUCACGAAAGGGUACUAUGUGAUAAAAAUAAAAAAAGCAAAAAAAAAGUAAGCGAACGAAUUUUCUGAAAUUGCAGUUACCUUAAUUUUUUUCUCAGUGCUGACCCUCGUACACACAGAGCGCAGCGCUUCGACAUCUUUGUUUCUUUGCGAACUUAAAUGAAGAGCGAAGAAAAGACAGGCGUGGCUUGUUUCGGUGUUCUGCUUUGAACAGAAACAAAGAACUUAAGUAAGAUUGCACGUUCCCCGGCAACAAUGAGGGGCUCAUAGAUCAACUCUGGGCUUCUCAUGUGCGCCGCUUCUGUGGUUUUGUAGAACAGCUCCAGUACAAUUUGUUUCUGUUUCGAUAAGUAUCAGUGUUCCUGUACUGUGCGCCAAGUGAAAAAUAAAGGCAAGGAUCCCAAAUGCUCGUAUUUCUGCAAAACAUAGGCUGAGAGCACGUACCAAAAAUAAUAGGUGUGAAAAGCUAUGCAGGAAAGCUCCGACUUGCGUGCACUUGGGAGCAUCCGAUCACGGGACACACCAUCAGGACAAAUACAAUGGC